UUUAUUCGCUCUAACAACCGGACCUUUCUCCCAACAAGCCCAUUCUCCUAUAUAUCAACCCUUCUUCUCCAGCCUCUCAUCAAACACCAAUCUCUCUCUCUCUCUCUCUGCUCUUAUCUACACACAUUUCUCAAUUCCUCUCUCACCAUGCCUUCUUCUUUUUCUCCAAAUCCAAUUUCUAUCUCUCCGAGCAAGCUUCGAUCCGACCUGUAUAGCUUUUCAUGCGAAGAAGAGCCAUCGACUCCAUUGGUGAUCUCAGUUCUUGCAUCCCUUGUGGAGAGGACCAUUGCUCGAAAUGAGAGGGUCAUCGGAAAAUGCAGCAUUGUGGCUGUGAAGGAUGCGAGAAGUCGGGCUUUCUACAGCCACCAGGUCCUAGAUAUGUCCAUCCAAUCGUUUCUGGAGAGGUUCUUUCGAUACGCUCAUGUAACCCCGCCGGUCUAUGUCGUUGCGUAUAUUUAUAUGGAUCGGUUGUGUCAAUUGAACCCUGGCCUCAAAGUUUGUUUGAUGAAUGUUCACAGGCUACUAAUAACCAGUAUUAUGGUGGCCUCUAAAUUUGUUGAGGAUAGGAAUUAUUGGAACUCAUACUUCGCGAAAGUUGGGGGAAUAUCGACAAUGGAGUUAAACAAUUUGGAGCUCAAUUUCCUUUUCUUGAUGAAGUUCAAGCUACAUGUGAGUGUCAGUGUCUUUAAGAGCUAUUGUAGCCAUUUGGAGAGGGAGGUGAGCUUUGGAGGAGGAUACCACAUCGAGAGAAGUCUAAAGUUUAUGUGCGGUGGAGAGAUCACCUCCAAAGAGCGAGAAAGAAGGAAACUGAAUCAACUGGCCCGGGUCCUUUAGCAGAGCAUCCAAUGCAGCGGCUAACUCACCAUGUCAGCUGGCCAUGUCAUGUAUAGAUAUUCUUUUUUUUUUUUUCAACCUCGAAGGUUGUUAUCGUAAGUUAGAGCCAAGUUAAGAAGUUAAUGUUAAUUUCUCAAUUGCUGUUGGUUAACAAAGACACUUGAAACUCUUUGAUUCCAUUGCUUCCUCUGUUAUUGUCCCUGUCAUGUUUUUUAAUGAAUGUUGUACAGAGCUUUGUGGCUAUUUGAUGCUGAUGUCUUAACAGUGGCGGUGGAUGGAUCGUACCCAUUUGAUAGCUACUUGUCAUCACAUGAUCAUAUUUUAAGCAUAUGUACCUACCUA